CAUUCCUCUCUCCCUCUUUCUCGUAUAUGCAAAAAUGGCUUCCUCUCCACCUUCCGCCUCCAUGAAAUUGCUCCUCAUGAUUGGCAUUCUUGCUGCCUCCGUCGGAUACUCAAACGGCGAUGGGAAGGUUGCCAUCUACUGGGGUCAGAAUGUCGAAAGCGAAAAACACAUUCAGGAAGUGUCCCUGCUUGAGACCUGCGAAACUGGGAUCUUUUCUUAUGUUGUGAUAGCCUUCCUCGACGUCUUUGGGAAUGGCAAGACCCCACAGUUCGACCUCUCCAACCACUGCCCCAGCUCCACCUCAUGCCCUGAAUUGGCCCCUCAGAUUGCCCGCUGCAAGGAGCUGGGAGUGAAGCUCCUGCUCUCCUUGGGUGGAGGAGGCAGCGGCUUCAACAUCACGUCGGCGGAGGACGCUUGGACCGUGGCCGACUACCUCUGGUGGAGCUUCCUCGCUGGGGACCCGUUCGUCGGCCCCUUCGGGCCGGCCGUGCUCGAUGGCAUCGAUUUCGCCAUGGUGGGCGCCGGCACCACAACUUACUAUCCCCUCUUCGCCAGGUACCUCAAGCACUACGCAACCGAAGACCACCCCGUCCUGUUGACGGCAGCACCUCAGUGCUUUUACCCCGACUACUGGCUGGGCUCAGCAAUCCGCACCGGCUUGUUUGACAUCGUGUGGCCGCAGUUCUACGACAACUCUCCCUGCCAGUACCCAAACGUGGAAGGGCUGAAAGAAUAUUGGAACAUUUGGACUACGGAGGUUGUAACUCCCACAUUCUUCCUUGGCCUCCCAGCUGCGCCGGAGACAGCUCCCAGCGGUGGUUAUAUCCCGCCGGAAAACCUCACCUCCGACGUGCUUCCCAUUGCCAGUGAUUUACCAAAAUAUGGAGGGAUACUGCUGUGGAACAAGUACUACGACCAGUUAAACGGGAACUACAGCGACCACAUCAAGCUUUUCGCUCGAGAAUCCAACUCCCUACUUUCUUACGUAAUAGGAAGACCUGAUCUCCCUAAAUGACUGCGGAAAACAGCUCUCUCCGAAGUGGGCGACUAGGACAGCGCUAUGACGAGCCAAAACCUAAUACCAUACAUCAUCUAAGGCCUCAUUGCUCGAUGUGCCUCUAGAAAAGUGCUUCUUUGCUUUAGCUGUAUAAGCAAACAAUAAAUAAAGGCCCGCUUCUCGCUUA